AUGUUGAAACUUUCCCAACUUAUAGACACCAAAGGGCGGGAUAGUUCCGAAGUCAUGGUAGACUCAUACCGACAACCACCGCAGUCACCGUUGACUAAUACUUCGUCGACGCCGGUCUCUCCCACCGUCUCCCUCUUCUCUGCCAAAGGACAUACUCGCUUUUCGAGCUCCGUGUCCUCUUUGGUCUCCUCGCCGGGUCAUAAUAACUCGAUGGAGAUCGCGUCCAAGAAUCCCUUGACAGGAGUAAAGGAAGAAUCCUGUGGGGCCCCAGCUAGGGAUCUCGAGGAGGAUUAUUUCCGUAUGUUGUUGCCCUUGCUCCCAGCCCCCCGGUUCUCGAGUCUUUUCUCCGAUUGUACUUAUACAAUUGUAUUGACCAAUACAGAACACUUCGAUCAAGAUCUGUCCGAGUUUGAGGGCCCGUACUUUGCUUCAGUCGAUUACUCGGACGAGUACGAUCUCACGGAUGCCGGCAUGGACAUCCCUCAUUCACCCAAAAAGAGACGCUCGGAUAGUGUCUCCGCCAAGGGUCUCUCGCGGAUCGGUUCACGCAUAUCGACCAUUUCGAACCGCUGGAAGUCCAGACAGGGCUCCGAUGGCUUCGAUGCUUUGGAUGCCUUCUCGAUGCGGUCUCGCACCAAUUCCACAUCCUCUAUCCUAAUCGGUCCCACCAUCGUUCCCGUCAGUCGCGUCAAUUCCGUUACCGUGCCACCUUCACCCGCCAGGACAAUCUUUGAGGAGCGACUUAGUGAGUCCGGGGCCUUGCCCAUCGAUAUCGCAAAAGCAAAUCGUCACAGCCAGGGUAACGAUGACGCGAGCCCCAAAGCGACCACUCCCCUGCUACCUCCGUUCAUGGGCGACCAGCCAACGUAUCCAGUGACAUCCCGAGUCCACUCCCCUUUGCAAUCGCCGUCCGUGGCGGACAUGUCGGAGGAUGCUUGUGACGGUGCAGCAUCCCGGGACUCGCGGUUGGCCAGCCUACCGUCGCCUCCGCUGUCUACCAGGCCAUCCAUCUCGUCAUUCAAUCGUCCGCGCGCGAGCACGGUACGACCAGCGUCGGUGGAUGCACCCCCCUAUCUUUUAUCAGACCCGAACGACGAGUGGGCGAACAAGCUCGGUCAUGCCAACUUUACGAUUCAACCGGAGCCGUACGUGCCCGAGGUGUACGAUCUCGAAUCUUUUCGUCAAUUACGCGCCCAGUGGGAUUUGGCGCAAUGCAAUUUCACCAAGCAUCUCGUCCGAACGGGCGAGCAUUACGGGAUCACAUCCACAAUCUACAAGUUGACGGAGGAGAAGUGGGAUUGUGUUAAUAGUGAAUGGAAACACCACCACGAGAUGAUGCUUUCCCAACUAGAGGUCACCGAAGGACAUCGUCUACACCUCAUCGAGUCCCAGUGCGACCCGUGCGAACAGAUCAAGCUUCCACGCCUCCAUGACGAGAAAUUCCCCGAGCUGGGUGAUGGAGAGAUUGUCGGACCCAUGAAAAUCGCCCCAGCCACCAGCGGAUCGGGACGCUGUCGGAGUCAGUCGUUGAAACGCAACUUCUUCAGAUUCUUCCAGGAUCUGAUGUCACGAUCUUAG